AUGCUGCAGAGCCUCCGGAGGAAGAAGGCUGGGGGAGGGCUGGCUAGCAUCCACGCCAGCGGCGCACUGAUUCCACGACUGGAGAUUCGCUCAUCAGCCGUGCUGUUCCGUUCCACAUUUGGUCCACUCGCCGCAGCCUACGAUCCGAAAGCAAUCGAAGGCGCCGGCUGGUACCAGUGGUAUGAGAGUCAAGGAUAUUUCAGGGGAAAGAAUGGGGUACCGCCAGGGCACAACUUCUCCAUGGUAAUCCCGCCGCCCAACGUCACCGGCACGCUCCACAUCGGCCACACGCUCACCGUCGCCAUUCAGGACUCGAUUGUGCGAUGGCGUCGUAUGAUGGGCGACAACGUGCUGUAUGUGCCAGGCACCGAUCACGCGGGCAUCGCCACGCAGACCGUGGUCGAGAGGAGGCUCCAGAAGGAGAAAAAGCUCACGCGACACGACCUCGGCCGAGAAGCUUUCAUCGACGAGGUGUGGAAGUGGAAGGAGACGCACGGCAACCACAUCAACAACCAAUUGAGACGCUUGGGCACGUCGCUGGACUGGUCGCGGGAGGUGUUCACCAUGGACCCUCAGCGCAGCAAAGCCGUCACCGAGGCCUUUGUCCGGCUUCAUGAUGAAGGUCUCGUCUAUCGAUCCACCCGCCUGGUCAACUGGUGCUGCUUCUUGCAGACCGUCAUCUCCGACAUAGAGGUCGAGUAUGAAUCACUGAGUAGGCGGACGAUGAUCGCCCUGCCGGGCAAGGGCACCAAAAAGUACGAGUUCGGUGUCAUCCACCACUUCCUCUAUCGGGUUGAGGGCGGCGGAGAACUGGAGGUGGCCACGACGCGACCCGAGACCAUCCUCGGCGACUCCGCGCUCGCCGUCCACCCCGAGGACCCGCGCUACGUCGACUUCAUCGGGCGGAGGGCCAUCCACCCGUUCACCGGCCAGCCCAUACCCAUCGUCGCCGAUCCCAUUCUUGUCGACCGCGAGCUGGGCACCGGAGUGGUCAAGAUCACGCCUGGACACGACUUCGACGAUUUUGCCUGCGGUGUGCGGCACAACCUGCCGCGCAUCAAUCUCCUGCGCAACGAUGGCACGCUCAACCAGCACGGCCUCCACUUCCAGGGAUUGGACCGAAUGGAGGCGCGGCGAAAGGUCGUCGAAGAGCUGGAGAAGAUGGGUCUCUACAAGGACAAGAAGGACCACGAGUCCAGGAUAGCGCUGUGCUCCCGCUCCGGAGACGUUCUCGAGCCCCUGCUAAAGCCGCAAUGGUACGUGGCGUGCCAGGACAUGGGCGCUGACGCGGCACGAAUGGUGCGCGACGGGACCAUCGAGCUCAUUCCCGACUUCCACAAACACGAGUGGUACCGCUGGAUGGAGAACGUGGAGGACUGGUGCGUGUCGCGGCAGCUGUGGUGGGGACACCGCGUUCCGGCCUACAAGGUGGUCGCCGAGGGCGAGGAGCGGGCCGCUGCCAACAACAAGGACAACGACACCUUGCCCGAGGACUGGCAAAAGGAGCGAUGGGUCAUCGCGCGGAACCAGGAGGAAGCCUUGGAGAAGGCCAAGGCGCUCUACCCCGACAUCGCGGCACCCAAACUCGAGCAGGAUGAGGAUGUGCUGGACACGUGGUUCUCGUCUUCGCUCUUCCCCAUCUCCGCGCUCGGGUGGCCCGACAACACGCAGGACCUGAAGGAGUUCUACCCCCUCUCGGUCAUGGAGACCGGCGCCGACAUUCUCUUCUUCUGGGUCGCCCGCAUGGCCAUGAUUUGCUCCAAGCUCAGCCCCACCCAGCAGGCGCCCUUCAAGAAGGUCUACUUGCAUGGCAUGGUGAGGGACGCGCACGGGCGGAAGAUGUCAAAGUCGUUGGGCAACGUGAUCGACCCACUGCACGUCAUUGAGGGCAUCCCGCUGGAACAGCUCCUCCAGAACCUCAACCACAACCUGCUCGACGAAGCCGAACGUAAAAAGGCCACGGCGGGCAUCAAGUCGGACUACCCCGCCGGCAUCCCCCAGUGCGGCACCGACGCGCUGCGCUUCACCCUGGUCAACUACACGCAACAGACACGUAACAUCAACCUGGACAUUAACAAGGUCGUGGCCAACCGCCACUUCUGCAACAAGAUGUGGAACGCCACGCGGUUCGUGCUCAGUUAUGCCGAAAGCACGCCCGUCGCCCAGCCCGAACCUGAUGAUCUGGCCAGCAAAUGGAUCCUCAGCCGCCUCAGCCAGGUCGUCACCAAGUGCAACCAGGGAAUGAGUGAUUCCGAGUUCCAUGUCGCCACGUCGUCGCUCUAUGACUUCUUCCUCAACGAGUUCUGCGAUGUCUACCUCGAGUAUGCCAAGCUCUACAUCUCUGGCGAGGCGCAGAUCAAGAACGUGCUGAACACGUGUCUCGAGAGCUACUUCCGCCUCCUCCAUCCGUUCAUGCCCUACGUGUCCGAGGAGCUCUGGCAGCGCUUGCCCACCAGCCAAGAGAAAGAGGAUUGUUUGAUGCACGCCGCCUAUCCGCUGGCCGCGAACCAAGUUGCCGCCUGGCGCAACGAGGAAACCUACGAGAAGCCGAUGGAGGAGGUGCUACGAGUGCUCCAUGCCGUGCGAUCGCUGCGCGACGGACACGGCGCGACGCCGCUCAAGUACUCGGUGUCCAUUCACACCACCGACGCCUCGCUCUACGACCUUCUCAGCAACGAGGCCUCUGUGAUUCGCCACCUGGCCCGGGCCAGCCGCAUUGACGUACAACACAAUGCCGCCGAGCCGGAGGGCUGCGGCGUGCGCGUGCUGGACAGCCGCACGCAGAUCUUCCUGCCGCUGCUCCACCUCGGUGGCGGCGACCACCAGCAGACCACCGCCACGAGCGCAGAGGUGUCGCUAUCGCCCGAGAACGUGGCCAACCUGCAGAAGGAGGUCGAGAAGAUGAACAAACGCAAGAAGAAGCUCGAGAAGGAGAUCGAGUGGAUCGAGCAGAAGGUCGCCGGUCCGUACUACCUCGACAAGGUGCCCCUCGACGUGCGGAACCAGGACAAGGAGGCCAAGGCCGAGGCAGAAAAGCAGCUGAAGGACGUGGAGCGCAGCAUCCGCUCCGUGUCGGACUUCAUGCACAAGUACCAGCCGCUGUAA